AUGGUUCCAGAUCCAGAGAAGCCGAAAGAAAUGCCCAACCUCGACUCCGUAAUAAAGCGACUCCUGGAGGUCCGAGGGAGCCGACCAGGUAAAAGCGUCCAAUUGACUGAGAACGAGAUCAAAGAUUUGUGCUACUACUCCCGGGAAUUGUUUCUGAAGCAGCCGAUUUUGCUUGAACUUGAGGCGCCGUUAAAGGUUUGCGGGGACGUGCACGGACAGUACUACGAUUUGCUCCGACUGUUUGAGUACGGAAACUUUCCUCCUGAGUCUAACUACUUGUUUCUGGGGGACUAUGUUGACCGGGGAAAGCAAUCGUUGGAAACCAUUUGCCUUCUUCUCGCAUAUAAAAUCAAAUACCCAGAAAACUUCUUUCUUCUGCGGGGAAAUCACGAGUGCGCUUCCAUCAACAGAAUCUACGGCUUCUAUGACGAAUGUAAACGACGCUAUAAUAUCAAGCUUUGGAAAACCUUCACAGAUUGCUUCAACUGUCUUCCUCUUGCGGCCAUCAUCGACGAAAAAAUCUUCUGCUGCCACGGCGGCCUCAGCCCAGAACUUGAAUCUUUCGAGCAAAUUCGACGAAUCGUCAGACCAACAGAUGUUCCGGACACUGGAAUUCUGUGCGAUCUUUUGUGGUCCGACCCGGACAAGGAAACUUCUGCCUGGGGAGAAAACGACCGAGGAGUGUCCUGGACUUUUGGAGCUGAAGUUGUCGCCAAAUUUUUGUACAAACAUGAUUUGGACUUAAUUUGCAGAGCACACCAAGUGGUAGAAGACGGCUACGAAUUCUUCGCAAAGCGACAGCUAGUGACCCUUUUCUCCGCGCCGAACUACUGCGGGGAAUUUGACAAUGCAGGAGCCAUGAUGUCCGUCGACGAAAGUCUCAUGUGCUCUUUCCAGAUUCUCAAACCUGCCGAGAAAAAGAAGAACAAAUUUCCAAAGUUCUAG